ACAUAACCGAAUAAUGUUGGAAUGCGCCUUUAGGAAACAUGAUGUGGAUUGGAUUCAUAUAGCUCUGGAUAAAGACCAGUGGUAAAAACUCGUAAACACAGUAAUAAACCUCCUGGUUCCAUGAAAGUUUGACUUCCUAGUGGAUGACAUUGUGGUAAGGUUUCACAGUUGUACCAAGGUUCUAACUUUUAUUUUCAUUUUUGAUGGGUUGAAGUAAAUGUAUUCUAUUGGUUGUAACCGAAUCAGUAUGUUUAAAUGCUUUGGGCAAGUGUGAGUGCAGUAUGAGGCCAGUUACUUUCUGUAAAAUGAAACAUUCACUUUUCCCAUAUUAGGUUAUUUUCAUAGUGGUAAAAAACUGUAAUAGUGAAGUCCAGUAUGGCAGAUAAAUAUCAGAAAAUAGAUAUUUGUUAAAGCUUCUAUUUGCUGUUUUGUGAACAAUAUUAUUUGUGAUAAACACACAGGGAAAUUUGGAUGAAGAAAUCUGAACCAAAUAUACACCAAAAAAUUAAAUGUGAAAUUAGGCAAGUUAAAUGUAAAUGCAAGUAGCUUGACUAAGUUAACUGCUGAUAGCAGUGUUUUGGGGUUACCCCAGCCAACCUUCUCCGUGCACAAGGGUUCAUGACAGUGUGAUACAGUGUUUGAGUAUGUUUUAUUUUAUUUUUGUCAGAGUAGCAAUCAUAACUGAAGUUUUGUUCAGAUAAUAAUUCAGAGAACAGUUUAUGCAGAUGCACUGGUUUGAGACUAUCUCAACCAACCCAACUCAGCAUAGGUUUUUGUGUUUUCCCUUUUUACAUAGUAUCCAACUUCCAAAACAGCAAUCAUAUAAUAUCUAGAUGAUUGACAAAGUCCAAAUGAAUAAUUUAAUAAUAAGAUUUAUUUGUAAAUCUCAUUUAAAUCUUAGACAAAUAGGUGUCACAAAAUAAAUUUUUCAGUAUACUGGAACAAUUAAUGAAAAUUCCAUAUCUCAAAUUCUGGGACAUCUGGUCAUUGUAAUCUACUUAUUAAUUAAAAAUAAUGUAUAAUGAAGUUUUUUAUGUUUCAGCAAUCACCGUCUGAAGGAUUUAGAUCAUCAAGAGGCAUAUCAUAUUUAUUUUCUUUGAGAAGGAAGAAGACUCCCCAAGAGGUGACACUGGACCUGACAGAUGAUACUUGGCCAAGAAGGGAUGAAAAUUCACAGACAGUGGCCAUGAAACAUCAGUUAUCUGGUCCAGCAGUUGUAGAUGUACCACUGCAGCCUUUGGAUGCUCGCUCCUUAUUGGCUGCUCGAGCUGUGUUACAAACAACCAAUCAAAGAGAGAAAAGUAUUGCUUCUUCCACGCCACCCAGUUCACUUGACCUUGAAUGGGAACAUGAAGGUUGUCUUCCCAUUCAACCACUACAUUAUGCUGGAGUAACAGAAGAUGAUGGCUGUGAGUCUGCAGCAACUAAUGGUCAGAAUGGUGUCAGUGCAGCUGGUAGCACAGCUUGGUCACGUGUCUCUACUCCUGAUUCUCUAGAGUGGGAUCCUGCAGAAGCACCCCUUACUGCAGCCAGUGAGAGGUCAGUCGAAGAGCUGGAUGCAGAGACUGAACAGUUACUUAGCGAGAUUGAACGUCUCACCUCUAGAGCUUUAAGAGAAACUGGAGACUGGAGCAGCUGAUCUCCAUUACUGCCCUCAGUUACUAUUGGGUGGGUGCCCAGAUAUGAGCUUUAAAGAUUUGAAUAACGUGUGUUGAAUUUGUAAUUUUAAAGUUGUUAAGCAGAUGUUGUGAGCUAAUAGGCAAGUGUGAUAUUGCAAGGAACAGAUGUCCAGCAGUUUUUCCAAAUAUUCAUAAACAAGAUUGUUUUGUUCAUAUUUUAAUUCAUGAAAAAAAGAUAACUUCACCAGUACAGGUACAUCCAGGUUUGUUCUUUUUUCUCCAUUGCAGAUAUCAGUUUGACCUUUUCUAUCCAAGUGCCCCAUUACAUGGUGUUUCACAACUGAUAUGCCCCUGUAAAGAAAGGAAGGUGGUGCAGCUAUGCAUUCCAACAAAAUUGAAACAGACUUCAAAAAUAUAAUUUUUCUACAAGUAAAUAGAAUGCCACUACCUGAAAGGCUGUAUAUAUAGUUAUAACAAAUAAUUUGCCAUCAUGCAUUUAUUUUUUGGUAAAAUACCCCCUAAACAUUUCUUGAACCCAUAAGGUAUAUCCAGAACAUAGUUUGGAGACCAGUUCCUUGGGUUGCUUUGUAUUCAACAGGAAUUUAUGACUUUCUAUAAUCACAUCCAAAGUUGGCCUACUGUGACAGAUUCAGUGCGCUGGUAGCAUAAUUAUAGUUGUAUUUUCAUUUUCUUAAAAUUGGUUAACAUGAUUUUGGCACCGUGUCUUUAUAACUGCUUUGACUAUCUGCUUAUUCCAUUGAAUUAUACAUACAUCAUAUUUUCUGUAUUGUGUUCUAACAUAUCAACAGGUUAGCUUAAGAUGAAGUUGAUCACCCAUUGAACUAGAAGGUAUAAGCCUUCAGGUAGCAGUACUGAUAUGAUGUAUGAUAGAAUUAAGUUGAAUUAUGUAGCAUUUGUUUAAUAUCCAAGAACUUAAUUAAUUGCAGAAUGUAAUCUGAAUUGUUGUCUCCUGGAUUAUGUCACCUUUUAAUCUUUUGGAUGGUUACCAAAGUUUUUAAUUAACAUAUUACCUCCAUCUCCUACAUGACAGUGAAGGUGCUAUGUUCCACCAAAAUGUUGGUAACAAUCUACAAGAGAACACAGCAUCAUAUACUAGAAGACCACAAUCCAAAUUUGUACUGCCCAGAAAAACCUCAUGUCUUAUACAAAAUAAGUAAUUGUUGGCAAUAUUGUUAGUAUGAUGAGAAGUCAAUAAACUGAAUAUAUUUGGAUCUACCAUAUUAUAUAAAUAAAAAGUUGCCAAUUUACUUAUGGCAGUAUGUUAGAAAUUUAUAUGUAGCCACACUUGAAGUUGAUAUAUUAUGGUUGUGAAUAAAUAAGAGCAAGAGUAGAUGUUAGUAUGCAUGUGGGUAAAAGUAGCAUUAACAUGAACGGCACUAGGUUAAAUGAAGGACAAUACUAAUGAAAUAAAAUAUAGACUGAUUGCUUGCUAAUGUACUGAAAACUCCAAAUACAGUAACACUUGAUUAUUGUGCUAUCGAAGUAGUGUUUAUUGUUAAUCUUGAUUAGUAAAAUCUUGAUUACUUGACUCCUUAUAUUUGAAACCUCUUCACAGUCACAGUACAACUGUUUUCAUCUUGGUAGGUGUUUCCCACGGGUAACAGAACUUGUAUUUGAAAAAAUUCCAGGUGUCAGUACAUAUUUGGAAGAAAAUAAGUCUGGAAAUGUAUGUGAGACAUAAAUUCUGGCAUGUUUUAAAAAUUUUACCUUUGUGAACGAUCAAGGAAACGCUGGGUGGCAUUCCCUGCUAAAUAACUUUUGUAAGAAAAAUGUAGGUCUUCAUGUAAAAUGCCUGUUCUUGUUGUCCAGUUCUUAACCUAAAUUGGUAUGUAUUGACAUAGUUUUAGGAAAAAUCCCCAAUAUAAAACUUCCUAAGUUGUGACGCAUAUACAGAUGAAUGGAGAGAGCAGUUUUAAUAGGCACUCAGUGGAGUUAUGAAUGCACCUAAACACUGCUGUAACAUAGUUACUGAGUGAAGGAUCUGAACAGGAAUGUAUAGUUAUGAGAGUACCGAAUGUGAUGAUAGAACAUAUCCUGAACAAUAUUACUUAUGAAUAUCAUUAAUCUUUUUUUCCAAACUGAACCACAUGAUCGUGAGAAAUUUGACAGACAGAUAUACUAUUAUGCUAGGUUUUGAUGAAAAUUUAGAUGUUUUUUGGACAAAGAUUGUGCUCAUAGUGCACUGAGAAAUAUUUAAAAAGUGCCAUAUACAAUUUCGCUGUUGGUUUUGUACCCAGAAGACUACAAGGAACAUGAAUCACGUUGGAAGUCUCAUGUCUUGCUGAUAUUGAUGUGGUUUGAAAUUUGUAUUGUGAUGUAAUUUAAAAUAGUAUAUCUGACUUAUUUCCUCAUAAGACAGUAAAGAAAUUUUGGGCAUUGAUGCUCCUUCAUGAUGUUAUGGUGUAGAAUUAACCCUCUUACCUAUUUUAAAGUUUUUCUGUGUUACAUCAUGUAAGUUGUUUAGAGUGUGUUGUCUAUGUAUAUCAAAAGUUUGUUCAUUCCAACAACCACUAAACAAAAAGCACUGUUAAGUUUUAUGUGAUAAUAGGGUAUAAAUAUAAAAGGUGGAGAAUUUCUUGACUCUGCGGAUGACAGCUUCUAAAUAAAGAUGGGCUUUGCUCCAUGGAAUUUAAUAGAAUAUAAAUAUACACAUGCCUGUUAUUGUUUUAAUUACUGGUGUAUGAGAACUGGUGACAACUGGGACCUCAGGUCUCAGGUUAAAGUGCCAUCAUAUUUUGGCUUUUUAAUAAAUGAAUAUGAUAUGCUUUCCAUUUAUUUUUGCAUAUUCAGUGAGAGGUGGUGCACUUUGCAUUCAGUAGUUUACAUUUGUUAUUUAUAUAUGUAUAUAUAUAUAUAUAGGUCUUUAAUAUUUAAGUACUUAUGUCUCAUAGUUGUAGUGAGUAUUUGAAUCUUCCAGGUCUCUUGACUGCCAUUUGUGCCUGACCAAAAGAUGGCCAUUUGUUUAUUUAUAUUUAUCAUCAGUCUUUUAAACAGUACCUUUAUUGGUAGUAUGAAAAUCUCCAAACACAAAACAUUUUAAUUUUUUUGAACUUAGAUUAUAAGCUCAGGGUGUGCCUUACAAUUGAGUAAUAGAAUGAAAUACACUAACAUUAGUUGCAUCAAGUCAUUCAUAUUCCUAACAGAAUGUACUGAAAGCGGGUUCAGUUCUUUUUCACACUGUUUCAGCUCAUUAUGUUAGAUACUGACUCAUCCACUCAAAAAUUCCUGGUUGCAUUUUGUUUCAGAAUAGAUUAGAACAGAGUAACUUUUGACACACUAUGUCUGUAUGGAAAUAAAAUCAAGCCAAUGUUUGUAUGGAGUUGCUUUCACCCUGUGUUUGUGUAAACAUGUAUGUGUAUGUUUUUCGUAUUAAUUGUGUUAUGUUUUAAUUGAAUUAAAUGCCAAAUUAUUAAUAUCUCUGAAGGUCAUGUUUCUUACCAUGCUAUGAUGCAUUGAGGAGAAUUGGUAUCUAAUAGAUCAGUAAAAUAUGUAUCUGACACAUUUUUGUGGGAUAAGUUAGAAAGACACACAGUAGAGUAAGUCUUACAUAAUAAACUCCAAAAUAGUUUGAGUCAUAUGGUUAGAGGGUUAAUCAGCAUUGCAUAACAUGUAUUAUAUGUAUAAAAGAGUUUAUCGAAUGCUACUUUAUAUUAAGAAAGCAUAAUUAGUAGAACAUAAACCAAACAAGAUGCCUUCUUGAGAGACAGGAAUAUCUGUUUGAUUAACUAUUCAAUUUUAUAUUUUGUCUCAGGUUGUGAGUGGUGUUAUGAAUUUUUAAAAGCUGGUGGGUACUACUUAAAUAAAUUACAUUUUAUCAAGUUGGCUUUUGUGAGAAUGCUAAAAGAAAUUUAAAAAAAUUUAAAAUGAUGUUGGGACCAAGUUGUGAGAAGUUUAUUGAUAAAAAUGCUAAUGCAUUAAAGAUAUGUAGUUUUUUGUUACACUUGUUUUAAUGUAAGAAGAGAAGAAUGGUUCAUACAUAAUACUUCGGUAAGAAAUUGGAAAGUGUAUAAAUUUUAUUUAUUCCUAGAUAUCUGGUAUUGCUGAAUAUGACAUUGUGCAGUAUGGGAAUCAGUAUUAAAGAGUGCCUGAAAGGGAUAAUAUGAUGUGAAUGAAAUCCACCUACUGAGAAAUUAAUAUACAUAGCUUCUUAUCAAGGACCUUAUAUCAGAAGUGUUCUGUGUUACAGAGACUCCAAAGAUGCAAGUGUUUUGAUUUUAAGUUUGUGAUGGAAUAAUGUUCAAUUUAUAUAUGAUUGCACAUAUAAAAUAUAAAUGUUCGUGGAGAAGGUAAAUAAUUUACACUAAUUGAAAACUCAAAAGUUUUCAAAGUGUUUAAAAGUUAUAUGAACACUGAAGACAGCUUUUCAUGUAAUUUAUAUUGUGGUAUGGCAAAUUAAAAGGAUGAAAAGAUUUACCUAAUAUUUACUAUUUGUGGUAUAUGUCUUUCCCAGUAAUACAUAUUGCGAUUCUAGGACAUUCUUUCUUUGUAACAUGAUUCAACCAUGAUAAUGAAUUGGUGAGUUUGAAAGUUUAGUUUGAUAAAAAUACCUGUUUUUAGUAGUUUUCCAUUAUAUUUGUGUAAUGAGUAAAGUCCUGGUAAGUCAAAGUCAAAAGCACUUAGUUCUUGUUAUAUACUGUAGUUGUUGUCUUACAGAAUUCAUUAAGUAGUAAGGAAAAAUAAUUUAUCCAUGUUUACUGUUAAAAAUAAUUUUUGUUCCAUUUGUCAUGAGAAAUUCAUUUUUAUGGGACUUGCAUGAGUUCAGUUGGGAUUACCUGCUCCAAAUGGUACAAUGAGUAGUUAAUUGAGCUUGGGGGGAAGGGGUGAGAGGAAUGUUAGUACUAUUCUAUAUAGGUUCCUGAAAUGUGUAUGACAGAGUAUAACUUAAAAUUGUGCAUCGUUUAUUGAGGUCAGUUUUGUGUAAAAUGGAAGGUAGUAAUUAAUGCCUGCACAAAAUGUUUGCAGUUAUUAUGACUAAUUAAUCAGUUGGCCAAAUGUGUGUAAUUUGGUGCAAAGAGUAAUAACAAAUGUGUCCACAAAUUUAUAUGUAACAUCUUUUAUGUGCUGAAAAGUCCCAACAUGAUAAGAGUGCAGUUUAUGAUAUUACAUUUUAUGUUAGGUUGUGUUACAUUUGAUCUGUCUUUAGCCAUCUCUUUAUAUAAGUAUAAAAUGAGUGAUAAUACAGGAUGGACAUUGUGAA